AUGGAGCUGAAGGCUGAUGAAAACGACGACUUGAGGUCCGAGGAUGUGAACUCUGGCUUCUGCAUUGGGGUGGAGAUGUGUUCAUGCCAACGGGAUGGCCGCACUGUGUCUGUGAAGUUUGCUCCCUUUGAGGGGCUUUGCUACAUGCAGUACGGGGGCGAGAGAUGUGUGAUGUGUGCCAGAGUGCUGCCGCCUCUCGAGGGCACAGUCACAAAGCUUCGAGCAUGGGUACAAGUCAUGGAAGAUGGGGGCCUCUUCUUUCUGCGACAAGACACAGACUCGGAAAGAAUCGAGGAAUCGGGCCUGAUCCCCAAAGAGUUUUUGCCGGCCUGGACCGUCGAGUUCUUCGCCUGCAUGUACUUUCUGAGGGGGAGCCUGCUGAAGCCGCUGGUCUCGACCGUGGUCCAUUCCGAGAAGAUGCUUCCGCCUGACAUGCCCGAGCUAGAAGGCUCUCGCAAAGAGGUUGAGACAACCUGGCAUCUGCAAGGAUGA